GAACUCCUCAGCCCUGAGACAACAACACAGCUCCAGCUUCUUCCUUUACAGUCGAGAGAGAGAAGAAAAAAAAAAAAGAGCCAUGCCCGAGCGCGUUUGAGCUGGUUCCGGAGCGCGCGCGCUGUGUAAACCGUGUGUGUGUGCGCGCGUGUGUGAGAGUGCGCGCGGGCGGCGGGAUGAGAGUGUGAGACCGGACCGGACCGGACCGGACCGCGCGUGCGUGUGUGUGUGUGUGUGUGUGUGAGAGCGAGUGUCGGUUCGGGCGGAGGGAGAAUCAUGUCGGGUCGGGAGGAGGGCGAGGCUCCGCGCGGCGGCGGCGGCGGUAAGGCGGAGAGGAACGGCUACGUGAGGGGCUGCGUCACUCCGCUCAGGCAGGACCCGCCGCGGGGACUCCUCUACAGCGCGUGCCGCUCCGGUACCGGCCCGGGCCCGGGCUCGGGCUCCCCCGGGGUGUCGCGCGCCUCCGCCGCCUGCGCGGGAGCACUGGCCGCGCUCGCGCUCUCCCUCCUCCUCUUCCUCCUCACGCGCCGCUUUCCGAGCGCCGAACUGUGCGCGCUCCUGUGGGACACCGCGCGCGCCCUCAGCCCGCUCUUCAGCAUCGGGAGCGCGCACUUCUUCCUCACCUUCUACCUGCGGCGGCGGAGGCGCGAGAGCGGGCGCGCGUGGCUCGUGGCCCUGCCGGUGUGCUGCUACCUGGGGGAGGCGCUGCGCUGGGGGGAGGGGGAGCAGGGGGGCGGCGGCGGGGGCGGCACUGCGGGGCGUCUGCUACCGGCGCUCGGGUGUGUGGGGGCGCUGACCCUGCUGCCCCCGGGGCUCCGCCUCUCACACAGCCUGCUGGUGCUGCUGCUCUCCGGCGCCGCCUGGCUGCUCGCGCACGCCGGGCUCGGCGCCGUGGCCCCCGCGCUCAGGCCCCUCCUCGCCUGCGCCGCCGCAGUCACCGGCUCCGUGCUGGGCCUCGGGUUCGACCGCUCGCACCCGCCCCGGGAACCGCCCCACCGGGCCGCCGAGGAGCGCGUGCCCGUGGUGAGGCCCAGGCGCAGGUCCAGCUGCGUGUCCCUCGGGGAGACGUCCGGGAACUACUGCGGCGGCUGGAGGAGGCCGAGGAGACCCUCGCUGCCCUGUAUCUCACGGGAACAGAUGAUCCUGUGGGACUGGGACCUGAAGCAGUGGUCCAAACCUCAGUACCAGGGUUCAGUGUGUGGAGCAGAUCCCUCAGUGAUUAGUGAUGUGAAGAAUCUGAUCUCAGACCUGCUGCAGGACUCGUCUCUGUCUCCACACGUCGUGACGUCAUUGCGUAGCGUCAGCAGUUUGAUCAGCAGCGUCUCGGGCUCCUGUCGGCCGCGUCCCAAUCCGUUCGUGCUGUUCCCCGGGUUCUACCCCUGCGCCGAGGCGGAGGAUCCGAGCGACCGGGCCGAGAGAAAGCCUUUGAAGGGCCUGAGCAGUAGGAACAGUCUGCCCACUCCUCAACUGAGACGGAGCUCUGCGUCCUCGUCCCUCUCUCCUCUGGAGACGCUCUCGUCUCCUCGCUGGGAGCGCAGUAACGGGAAGAGAUCUCACAGCGAGCUGAGCGCCAGCAGUCAGAACAGUUUCUCCAACGGCCCGAACACCAACCUGCUGACCAUCCCCAAGCAGAGGUCCUCCUCUGUCACACUGUCCUAUGGACACACCAUGUCCAGGAGACCAGGUGCGUCUCCCAGUCUGAGUCCGCUCAGUUCUCCGAGUCACAGUCCCGCGUCGUGUCUGAGCUCGUCGCUCAUCGCCCGUUCUCCCGUGGAGUUCCCCGACACGGCCGACAUCCUCACCAAGCCCAGCGUGAACCCGCACAAAGCCCCGGGGUUCUCCUUCAGCUCACUCUGCACCAGUUGUGGGCGUCAGAUACUGAAGAGCAGUUCUAAUGCCGAGGUGGGUGAUGGUCACAUGACUUCUGGGCCUGAAAUGCAGAGAAGACGAUCAGCAGAAAACCUCUACAAUGCCCUCACAGCCUGUCGUGACUCAGAUGCUGCACGGUUGCUUUUCUCAGCCGAGGUGACGGAAUAUGGCAGCGAUGGACUGAUCAGGGAGGAGAGCGGGGAAACCGAGGCUCAGGAAGAGGAAGCAGGACCGACUCCGAAAGCUCAGCAUGAAGAGGAGGAGGAGGAACAAAGUGUGCAGGAGACGGCGUCUCAUCCUGAGGAAUUCAAGUUAGAUCCACUGCUGGAGGACCAAGAAGCUCUGGUGGAGAAGCUUAACAACUGGAACUUCCAGAUCUUUGACCUGAUGGAGCAGACAGGAGGGAAGUCAGGACGAAUCCUUAGCUACGUGGCCUACACUUUGUUCCAGGACACGGGUCUGUUUGAAAUCUUCAAAAUCCCUGUCCGGGAAUUCAUGACGUACUUCUGCGCACUGGAGAGCGGCUACCGUGAUAUACCCUAUCACAAUCGUGUCCAUGCUGCAGACGUCCUUCACGCCGUGUGGUACCUCACCACCAGACCCAUCCCAGGCUUCCAGCAGAUCCAUAAUGAACAUGUGACAGGAAGUGACACAGAUUCAGACAGCGGUAUCUCACCUGGUCGGGUUUCUUAUGCUUUGUCCAAAAGCUCGUCCGUCUCAGACAGCAGUUACGGCUGCUUGGCCUGGAACGUCCCGGCGCUCGAGCUCAUGGCUCUUUAUGUAGCAGCUGCUAUGCACGAUUAUGAUCACCCAGGUCGCACAAACGCCUUUCUUGUAGCUACUAACGCCCCUCAGGCGGUGCUGUACAAUGAUCGCUCAGUUCUGGAGAACCACCAUGCUGCUGCUGCGUGGAGCCUCUUCCUGUCUCAGCCUGAGUUUAACUUUCUGCCCAACCUGGACCAUGUCGAGUUCAAGCGUUUUCGCUUUCUUGUCAUCGAGGCCGUCCUCGCCACGGAUCUGAAGAAGCACUUUGAUUUCUUAGCCGAGUUUAACUCCAAGGUUACGGAUGUGAACAGCCCAGGUAUCGACUGGACUAAUGAGAACGACAGAUUGUUGGUAUGCCAAGUGUGCAUCAAGCUGGCAGAUAUUAACGGACCAGCUAAAGAGCGCAGACUUCACCUUAAAUGGACAGAGGGCAUCGUCAAUGAGUUUUACGAACAGGGGGAUGAGGAGGCUCACCUCGGAUUACCCAUCAGCCCUUUCAUGGACCGCUCCGCGCCACAGCUGGCCAAGCUGCAGGAGUCCUUCAUCACGCAUAUAGUCGGGCCUCUGUGCAACUCGUACGACGCUGCUGGCCUCCUGCCGGGUCACUGGGUUGAUGAGGAAGAGAUGAAUGGAGAAGACGGAGAGGAGGCUGAUGCUGAAGAUACGGAGAGUGACGAUGAAGACCUUGAUGAGGAUCUUCAGUUAAAACCGAGGAAAAGUUGCCCGCGUCUGUUCUGCAGCAUUAUGCACCACCUGACCGAAAACCACACGGCAUGGAAGCAGAUCAUCGAGGAAGAGGAGAAGAACUGCGAGCUGGGCCUUCAUCAGCAGCAGGAGCAGCAGCAGGCGGACGCACUGAGCCUUCCUCCUCCCUCCUCAUCCUCAGAUGACAUUCAGGUCAUUGAAGAGGAGGCUGAAGAGGAGGAGGGGCAGCAGGAGGGGAAUUGAGUUGAGCUGAUUGGCUGAGAGAGAAACUCUUUCCUCCUCUCCAUCAGAACGCAGACACACGGCCCAAAUCGACACCGCAAGAUUCCGCCAGAUCUCCUGUACUGAAAUGAAUCACUGUGAUGCACAUGCAGUUCACAUGGUGUUAAAGUUUUUUGUUUUUUUUAAAGGCCUUACUACUGUGAGAGCAUCCUGUGCACUUUCACCUCGUGGAGAACGACGAAGGAUCAGCAAAAGUGUUGAAAAGAGACACAAUAAUGAAAUACAUGAAUUCUCCUUGGUUAUUUUGCUGUGAUGCUGCCUGGAAAGCAGAGCUCUUAACUCUCCUGUAGGUACUUAUUACAAUUAUUAUUUAAAAGAUAAAAAGAAAGGAAAAAAAAAAGAAUGGCAGAAGACAUUCAAGUCAUCACUUGUUACCAAAGCGAACAGUUAAAAACAAACGAGGCUGAGUCGAUAUCAGGCUCAGUGUCAGGAAAACUCUAGAAGCGUAAAUCAAACGUGCCUGUCUGAAUCAUUAUUGUGUUAUUGUUUUGUUUGUUUGUUUGCUUUUAUUUGACGUCUUUCUGUUUUGUCCCCCUGUGGUCCUGGUGACGGACUCGGAGCGACACGUGCCGUUUCCUCCUCAUGCUGGUGACACGAAAACACUGUAUCACUGAACUCAGCCACUCGGACUCUCACAUGGACACGCUGACGUUUUGACUGAAAAAAUAUGAAUAUUUACUUCUGCGUCAUUUUCGGAUGCCUUUUUUACUCACCUGCCUUUAGUUUUAGUUUUUUCCCCCUUUCCUCCUCAGGAACGCCAGAUUGCCAUUUAUUUUUCUUCUAGUAAACUGUUGAAUGCGUCAAGUACAGAACAGAAUACAAACACUGCUCUAAUAUAAGGAUCUUAAUGUGUGUGUGUGUGUGUGUGUCUGUCUUGGGUCUAUAGGUGUGUGAGCAUUGACACAGUUAGUUUUGGUUAUUUUUAUUGUCUACUACAGAAGUUCAUUAAUGAAUGUGAGCCCAGAGUGUGACCUUUGUGACCUUUGAGGAAACUUAGAUCCGGAUGACGUGAGUGGUGAGGAAUCGUCUCACUUUAUAAAAGGACUCGAGUUCAUCCACAAACCCACGUAUUCAAUUGUAUUUUUUAAAUAAUUGGUUAUGAACCCCAGUGGACGCUGGUUUCCUCCCUGGUCUUGAUGAUCUUGCAGGUCUGUACUGCAGCAGUUUUCACUUCCUGUUUGUUGUCGAGGUGUUUUCCCCUCAGUUUUACUUUCAGCAAAUGAAAUGCAGCUCAGUUGGAUUCAUGCCAAGUCUUAAAAAGUUUUGGGUUGCGUUUCAAGUAUGCUUUGGAUCGUUGUCCAUGUGCAACCUGAAGUUCCAUCCAAGAAGUUUUGAAGCAUUAGGCUGAGUGUAAGCAGAUAAUAUCGCCCUGUACAUUCAGAAUUCAUCUGCAAUCCAUGACAUCAUCAAUAAAUACAACAAAACCAGUCCCACUGGCGUCCGUACACACUCGAGCCAUAAGAUGAGGUCAUGUACUCCACCCUUAAACUCCACUUCAGACCCUUUAUCUGCUUACUGGUAAAGUGAAAGAUGGAGGGGAUGACAGAUCUGUCCAGUGACGUUUGGGAUCGUAUCUAAAAGGUUCCUCUCUCACCUGAUUGGGUCGUGAAUGAACUCAAAUCCAUUAUUUCAUUUAAACUCCAAUGUGCUGUGGUAGUCUACAAAAAUAACAGCACUUCACAAUACAAAUGCUUGGAUGAACCUGACUGUGACACAAAGAUGCGCACACACACACACACGCUCACUCACACACACACACACACACACACACACUUCUUUCUGCACAGUUUCUCAGGAUUCAUUCGGAAUGAUCGUCCUGUUUGGAUUGUUUAAAGUUUAAAGGCAGUGAUUUCAGGCAUCGUGACUGAAUAUUAAACAAUCCUCAGUCCAGAUGUUGAGAAGGACUUGGGCAUCCGUGGCUUUGUUCUGGUGUAAAGAAGCUGAAAUUCAGUCAGAUACAAGAUUGCGGCUAGCGAGCAGUAUCGGCUCCCUGAACCCAAAGUAUUGUUCUGUUUUAAUAAAAACAGAGAUUGAGAAUGCAAGGUAAAUCUCGAUGUAUGUAAUAGGCAAUUUGAGUUUGUCUCGAGUUUAACCAUCACAAUCUUUUGUUAAAUAACACUGCAGACAUUUCUUUUUUGCUUUGUUUAAUUUUUGAGAAAUCUUUGCCAAACGGGCAAGCAGGCCAGUGCAUCAAUUUUAAGUGAUCCAGGGUUUCACCUCAAAAAGUAAAAGCUGUACACAUUUGUAUAUUUUUCGUAUCCUUCACCAUAAGGGUUAAUACUAAAAGCUAUAUACAGUAUAUAUAUAUUUUUUUUUUUUUCUUUUUCUUCUUUAAAGCGAGAACUCUAGGCAUUCCACUAGAAUAAAGAAGAGGAAGGGGAGACUGACAUGCUGCUCUCCUCAUUGCAUUUUGUUUGAGGAGGAAAGUUCUCAAGUAGGCAGUGUACAUCAAACGAUAUGAAUAUAAGAAACAAAAAAAGAGAAAAUGUCCUUAAAAAUGUGCACAUUUUACUACCAAACAAGUGUUUAAUCUCUGCACAGAAAGAGUAUCUGCAUAUAUAAAUAUCUAUAAAUAUAUAUUUUUUAAUUAAUCAACUGAAUGCGUCUGUUUUCUACAUACAGCUGACAUUGUACAUUAAGAAUCUGUAAUUAUCAUCAACUUUCUAAAGUUUUUAUUCUAAUAUUAUUUUCAGAUGUUGAUGUGUGUUGUGUUUUAUUUUAAUAAUUGUUGCCUUUGUGUUUCUGUGCAUAACCACUCUGCUGAGAAGCUUAUUUCCCCUCUAAAGCUGGAGGCUGUGAGUCAGCUAGCUAUAGUGCCAAAUGCCCCCUUGUCUCCCAUGAAAGCCCCCCCGCCCCCACCCUUCUGCCCCACCCCCACUGCCGUUCGCUUUGUCAUGCAUUUGGUCUUUAUUCAUUUUGGGAGUUAAUGGUUGCUACACCGCAACUAUUAUUGCUUCUGGUUCAUUCUUUCCUUUGUUGAUUCAUUCUUUCUUUCCUGUUUUCUUUCGUUCUUCCCUUUUCUAUUUUCUCUACAUCCGUCAUCACCAGGAAACCACAGUCUUCAUCACUUUGUGCUGCUUUACAUUUCUCCAUAUUCAGUUUUUCCCACUGCAUUGCCCUUCAACAGCCUUCUCAGGAGAAUUGAGACAUGUUUAUGUAGCAAGUCCAGUAGCGGUGUCUAAUGUAACCAUUUCAGUCUUUUCAUCUUUGUAGGGAGAAACUGUCUCCCCCUCACACGUCCACUGUUAUUUAUCUCUCUCCAUAAAGAAUACCAACUCUGAA